UUCAUUUUAUCCUGCGUCAAAUUCACCACGUUUCACUACAUAUCUAUAGAACUAUUUAAUAUAAAAGUAUUGAAACUCAGACUGCGAGUGCGGGUGAAUCUGAUCAAAGCGGAAGUGCUCUAGUUUUGUUAAUCUAAAAGUAAACAUGGCCUUGGAAAAUGCGGAAGUAAUAAUUGGCAACAUUAUCCAUUGCACCGGGAGAUUCGAACUUCAGUUGAUGGAAAAGGCUUUCGUCAUAUUCCAAGGAAGCGAGAUCUUGGCAGUAGGCAAGAGAUCAGCACUGGCUGAAACUAAAAUCAAACUUAACUUGAAGGACGUGAAGGAAACGAUUCUCAAAGAUUCCCAACUACUUAUUCCUGGCCUCAUUGAUACGCACAUUCAUGCACCUCAAUAUCCAAAUUGCGGACUUGGCUACGACAAACCCUUAAUGGAAUGGUUGGAUACCUACACGUACAAGCUGGAAAAGAAAUACACCGAUCUGAAUUUUUCGGAAAUAGUAUUCGACCAUUUGGUAAGAAAGAACCUGGACAAUGGAACAACCACGGCGUGUUAUUUUGGUGUACUUUUCAACGACGCUACCAAAAUAUUGGUCGACUCCGUGAAAAAGUAUGGUCAGAGAGCACUCAUAGGAAAAAUCAACAUGACCACUUUAGCACCAGAGGACUACCUCGAGACACCAGAAGAAUCAAUUACCAAUACAUUGAAUUUCAUCGAGUAUGUGGAAUCAAUAGGGUCGGAUUUAGUGAAACCGAUCAUCACACCUAGAUUUGCACUGAGCGUGGAAAUGGAUUUGAUGAAAAAACUGGGCCAAAUUGCCAAAGAAAAAAAUUUGCCCAUCCAGACCCAUAUUUCUGAAAACACCGUUGAAGUAGACAUGGUGAAAUCAAAAUACCAAAUGCCAUAUGCAAAUGUAUACGAUGAAGCCGAUCUUCUAACGCCAAAGGUAAUUUCGUUGAAAGUAGUCCCAUCAACAUUAACAAUUUAUCACCUAUUUUUGUUUUUAGAUGUUUCAGGAGGCCCUUCCCCAUCUUUAAUAAAAGUAAUGAGUGACGCAUUACAUGUUUCCGUUCACAUUUCCUUCAGGGAAAAAAAUUAUGAACCAUUAAUGUACAAAGAUGUUUUUUAUUUAGCAACGUUAGGAGGUGCAGAAGCGCUAUCUCUAGAUAGACUAAUUGGCAAUUUUCAAGCUGGUAAGCAAUUCGAUGCCUUGAUCAUCGAUUUGAAUGUUCCUGAUUGUACUGACUACCUGAUCGAUUGCUCUCCUUUGGAAUUGUUACAAAAAUUCAUUUACACUGGAGAUGAUAGAAAUAUUCUGAAUGUAUAUGUAGCAGGAAAGAAAAUAAAAUGAUUCUGAAAUAG